AUGUCGAGCAUCUGGACCACGUCGUACCAGGCUACGACAUUCGCUACGCUCAUCCUCGCUGCUGUAAUUUACGGCGCGUGCGUGCAGCAGGUGGCUCGCUAUGCCUUCGUUUUUAGGGGCGAUAGCUUCGCCCUGAAGAUCUGGGUGUACCUGCUUCUAGCUCUGACUACUACCGGCUUUAUUCUCGAUUCUAUCAAUACCUGGGGAUACCUCACCGGUAGCUCUAUCGCCUCUCAACAACUAUACGCGAUCGAGGGUGCCCUGGCCGGUAUUACCAUCUUUGUCGUUCAAAUCUUCUUCAUCGUUCGGAUAUGGACUGUCCGACGAGAGGCCCGGCCCGACUCAGUGUAUACAACACUCCAAGUCGGAAUCCUGGCUGUCAUGGCGCUCGCGUCUGUGACCUGCGUCAUGACUAUCACCGGAUACCUGACUGCACCGACGUUUCCUAAGAACGGCCACACUGUGACUGCGAAUCUGCGCAAAGCGAAGAUUGCGCUUGACGCCGCGCUCGACGCUUUAGUGACAGUUUCGCUGAGCGCUCUCCUGCAAGCUCAUCGGAACGAGUUCUCGCACUUGCGUAGAGACAGCCCUUUAGAGCGCCUCUUGGUGUUCUUUGCGGCUCGCGGUAUCAUCAUGGCCGUUUUCCAGUCACUGUUCCUCAUCUUGGUUUUCGCUGAGAAUUACAUCACUGUUGGCGCGGCGAACACUACACUCAUGCCUAAAGUCUAUGCUAUUUCUAUGCUUCUCACCCUCAACAACCGCAAGACGCGAUCAGGACAAUCCGGUCCCGGCUCGACCGGCUCUCGACCACCGCGUACACAUGCCUCCGAUCCUGUCGACCUUAUGCUGUUCUCUCUCCAGACCGGGACACAACGAACACAUACCGAUCUGGAGGAUGAACUGCCGAGAAGCGGACGUGCUUCGCCCGUUGUCUUCGCGUCGUCGAAGGGCCCGCCCGAGGAAGUUAACAUGCAUCCUGAACCGGAUGACUUUGACAGUGCGUUGGGCGAUCUUCACAGGAUCAGAAGUGCGAAAUCGGGUACCCACCAUCAUGACAUGUAA